UCAGCCUUGACAAGCAUCGGCUCAUGCAGUCAGUCUCUGUCUGUCGUCGUCUGGAGAAAUACUCAAGACCACAUACUUCUUUCCUUGCUUCUUUACAGAAACUGGACUCGCCAUCGUCUGCUCGUGUCAUAAAUGGAGCUCCUGAACUCUUAAUAACAGUCUUUCAAAAGAGAAUCCUAACCAUUUCUUCAUUGAAUCGCUAAUCUAUUCAAACUGAGGAAUUUAACAAUCGGAUAGGAUUCUAUGAUCUCAUUUAUUUACUACGACGAGACCGUUUUGAUAUAAGUAUGAGGCAUAAAUAAUGUUUAAUAACUGCUCGGAUGGAAGAUCUUUUCAGUCGUUCUCUAAUAACUUGGAGGAUUUUGAUUCUAUACGGAGUGUGCUUCUGUACAGUGACCUGGAGCCUGAAUGGCUGGAUGACGUCCAGAAAAAUGGUGAACUCUUCUAUCUGGAGCUGAGUGAGGGAGAGGAAGAAGCUCUGCUGGCCCAGGUCUCUGCCAGUCACUCCGCUGCCACCAAUCACGUCCGCUUCAGCGAAAAGGAGGCGGAGAUCAUCACAGACAAUGGCAAAAAGCAAGCGUCCUCCAGCAAGAAAACUGAAGCAAAGCUCAAGAAGUUCACCAAGAUCCUGAGGCGAAAGCGGCGACCAUCUCAAAGGAAAGCCUCUGAUGGGAAAGACGCAGGGUCUUCCCAGCGUCCCACCUCCAUCUUGAAGAAUCAAGCGGGCCAGCGGCCAGGUGUCGUGGUCCAGCAGCAGCGUCUGAAGGACGUGUGCGUGUAUCUGAACCCCAAACGUCUCGGUGGUUCCUCGCCUCCGUCUCCUGAGAGAGGUGGUUUGUUAGAGGCCUUGCUGGGCGUCGUUCACCGUCCAGGGGGAAAUCCAGGGACAAAAGGGGGAAAACUCAUCAUCCAUGGUCUGGUCCCUCACAGUCCCGCUAGCAAGUGUGCCGAAAUUCUUAUUGGUGAUGCCCUGGUUGCUGUAGACGAUGUGGAUGUUACUUCAGAAAACAUUGAGAGGGUUUUGUCAUGUAUACCGGGCCCCACACAGGUGAGGUUGACUCUGGAGACGGUCUGUCCCACCGGGAGCAGAGCUAAAGCGGCUCCUGUGGUCAGUCAGCUGGUGCGUCUGCUGUGGGGCGAGGACACCGUCGAGCUGCAGAUGUCCAUCGCACAUGUCCCGCACAUCAUCAUGUACCUCUCGCUCAAACUGGACUCCGAUGCGCCGCAGGACGAGCAGGAGAUCUUGUUCCAGUAUCCGGCGUCUGAAGCCGCGGUUCAGCUCAAAGCGGUGAGGGGUAUUUUCCUGACGCUGUGUGACAUGCUGGAGAACGUCACGGGAGGACAGAUAGUCAGCUCGUCUCUGUGGCUCCAGCAGCAGUUGGUUCAUGUGGGCUACUGGAAGGAAGGCUCCCGUCUGCUGGUGAUCGCUGUACCAGCCAGCAGGGUUCCUCUGUUGUGUCUGCAGACUGUGAUUGAGGGACUUGUCCGAACACUCAAGGUCAUGCAUGGCUCUCUUGACAGCUGCUUCUGUGAGGAGGAGAACGCUCCUCGUCUGGAUCACUUCUUCUGCCUCUUCUUCCAGCAGCUCGUCCAGCCCUGGCGUUUGAUUGACAGCUCCAGACCCCCCAGCCCUGACAUCUCCGGGAGCCUGUUCUUAGACGGACUCCCAGCCGUGCGCUGGCUCACUUUACCUGCAGACAUAAAGGUGGAAGUGGACACUGUGCUCUCAGACUUUGAGUCGUCGGAUUUUGGUGACAUGUCUGAGGAUUUCUAUGGCAUGAGGCGUCUGUACGUCAUCUUGGGCUCCUGUCUGUUUUACAAGGGAUAUCUCAUAGCGAACCACCUGCCGAAAGAAGACCUUCUGGACGUGUGUCUGUACUGUCAGCACUACUGUCUGCUGCCGCUGGCGUCGGAGCAGCGCGUGGGGCAGCUGGUGGUGUGGAGGGAGGUGUUUCCACAGCGCAGGACACAGAACAACACCGCGUCACAUCCUGGAUACUGUGAACCGUACGGAAGACACUUCCUGCUCAUAGUGGGACUGAGGCACUUCAUGCAGUGUGUGUUGCUGGAGGCUGGUGGUUGUGCUUCGCCCGCUCGGGGAUCUCCAGGUCCAGACUGUGUCUAUGUGGAUCAGGUCAAAGCCACACUCCUUCAGCUGGAGAGUCUGGACGCCGCCAUUGAGGAGCGGCUCUCAGCUCCGCCCACUCCCUGCCUCUCCUGUGCCGACUGGUUCCUUCCUGCCGGAAGGCGGGACCGACAGGACUCGCCGAUCCUCAGCCGUUUGACGGCAGCCAUCAAACCCCCGUCGCCGGGCGGGAUAGGGCGGAGUCUGUUUGGGGAGGCGGGGUCAGGGUCGUCGAGUCUGAGAGGACGGAGGCCGAGUCCACAGAGGAGUCUGUCUGACAGCGGCAGCGAGGGUCACACUGAUGGGACGCCGUCAUUCACACCGGACACAGUGCGCCGGACGCCCUCUAGUGGCACACGCAGAGACUCCCUGGGCUCGGGAGGGUCCGACGGCAGCCUGGGCAGCGCAGGAUUCUUCAAGAUUCCCAGGUUAAAGCAUCCUAACCCUUUCUAUUUGGGCUCGUUGAGGAAGAGUCUGACUGACAGAGAGACAGAGGAGAUGCACAACGUUCUCAAACUGACGGCGGGCGCUGAGAACACACUGUUCCAUUACGUGCUGAUGGAGACGGUGCAGGGCAUCUUCAUCGCUCCCACACACAGAGAAAUGAAUCAUCUGAGCGGCUCCAUCCACCCACAGCUCAUCCAGAACUUCUACCACUGCUGUCUGUCCAUACGCCAGGCCUUCCAGCAGAGCCUGCCCUCACGGGAGCGCCGAGGGUCGGAGCGGCCGCAGAGCACUCGGGGUUUGGGUCCCGUCAAAGAACAUGGUGUUUUGUUUCAGUGCAAACCGGAGAACUGGACCGAUCAGAAGAAACCAGCGCCCACCAUGACCUACUGGGUGAUCGGGCGAAUGCUCCUGGAACCCGUUCCUCAGGAGUUUUACGUGUGCUUCCAUGACUCCGUGGCUGAAGUUCCUGUGGAAAUGGCCUUCCGGCUGUCGUUCGGCUUGGCCGUGUAGCACUGUAACACCAGCCCAGCGUCAGACAGCAGUCUUUUAGGAGGUAAAUCCACUAGACGCGGACAGAAAACUACUGGUUCAUGUUUAAAGGGAAAGAGCAGCCAAAGAUGUCCUCACUCUCAGGCCAUUCAAGAUGUCCAUGAGUUUGUUGGAUUAGGGGGAGGACAUUUAAUUUCUGGUUUAAGCAUUCCUUAAAGAUAAAAUGACUAUCCUUGUUUUAAUCGUAUGUUAUUUUGCACAAUGGAAGUUCAAAACCGGCAGCAACGUCUGCAGCAAUAAACUAAUGAAGCAGUCUGAUGAAUCAGGCAGUAAAAUGCAUUGAAAUGAUAAACUUCAUUACCUCAAACUUCGCUGGAUUCCUUCAACGAGCACAAGCUACAGGCUUCUGAACACUCAUGAAAUGAUGUUUUCACUUGACUUUUCCUUGCUGGAUCAAGUGAAAUCGUUUUCUAAGCAGCUUUUAUGACAAAAGCCUUAACAACACUUCUGAACUUUGUGAUAUGAAAUGAUUUUGUGUUUUAUUGAAGGUGUGGAACUCCAUGUUCCUCGUUAAAACUUUGUAAUGCAUUGUUCAUCCAACAAAUGUGCAUCAUUUAUCAAAUAAAUGAAAGCAGAUUUA